AUGACAGAAAAAUUGUCUGAACUGGAAAAGCGGCCGUCGCCCGAGGUGGUGAACGUUGCCGACUCGUCGGACGAAGAGGUCUAUGAGACAGAUGUGCCAUUUCCGAACCGUCUACGGCAGAGGAGAGCGAAAGUGUACCAGAACUACGACGAGAAUGAGGAGGACGAAGAAGAUUACAACGAAGAUGAUGAAGAUUAUGACGAUGAUGACAUGGGGGAGACAAGCAUGCCGAACGGAGAGGACGAAACUACAAGGGAGACGUUUUCGCCCGAAAUAGUGGGAGCCUUGCCGGAAAGGAGGAUCAUUACCGACGAUGUCUAUACUGCACAGCAUGGCGGAGAGCGACCCGUGGUGAACGAAGAGUACAUUGAGUACGGGGACAGCAGCAUGGAUGAGGAAGAGAUGAUCGAUGGACGUAAAGUCAUCGCCCACAUCGCUGAUGAUUUCUUUGCAACCUACAAACCGAACAAGAUCCAACCGACGUUCCCGCUUUUGGACCUGCCGGCAGAGACGAAAAAAUUCUGCAACAUCUUGAACGACGCCAACAUAGACUUUGCCACAGACCUACCGCUGCAUUUGUACAAUAUAUACCUCCUGACAACGAGAAACAGAGAACUCCCCCCAGCAAAGUUCACUCUAUGGCCGCUACCUGCACAUGAGCUUAUCACACCGAGGUCGUUCCUCCGAACAACAGACUUUGAGUCUCUAGGAUCUCACGCCAAUGACACCGCCAGAAUGCUUGAAGAAACAAAGUAUACAUAUGUGAACUACGACGAUAAUUCAAAGCUUAUCAAACCCUCGGCUCAUAUGUUGGAAUUCUGGCAUCCGAAGAUAAACCCUCUAGCUGAGCUAGACGAGGCCCUAGAUGCAAUUUAUGAACGGAAGAUUAACUCGCAAAUCAAAAAGUAUUCGCAGGACCACAAGGUAACGAAAAAAGGGUUCCCAAGCAGAUGCACCUAUCAGCGGCGCACUCCAGAAGAUAUCCAUUUGAGUCCACUUUUGAAAGAGAAAAUCAUCACCAAACUCGAUUCGAUCAUUGACAAGCUAACAGACUAUCACACUAACUCAAUAGUGAAGACACAGAAGAUAAGUCGUAGAUUAGGAACCAACGGUAAAACUCCGAAGCGAGCAAGUGCGGUAACAUAUGGUUUGGAUUGGUUUUCAGUAUUAUCGUGCUUGGAUGACAAGGAUAAGCACUCGAAAAUGUUAUUAUUGAAGCUCUUUAACUUGAAACUCGAUAAGGAUACCAUCAAUGGGCCCGUGAAUAGCUACCCUAUUGAGAACGAACUCUACACAGCAACAAAAAUACGCAGAGACAAGAUUUUAAAAAAUCUAAUUUGCAAAAGUAAGGUCCAUUUGAAGAAUGCCAAACCUACGCAAUAUGCUAAAUUCGCCAGAAAGCAGAAAAACAACAUAAGCUACAAUCUAGAUAGCUUCCUGAACUUGGGUUUGUAUUAUACGAAACAUAAAAGGUUAAAAGAGAGGAAUUAUUCGACAGAAAGCGAUAUAUAG